CUUUUAAAUUUUUACCACAAAUGAACUGUCAUUCUCAACUGUCACAGCUAGAAGGGUCAAAGCAAUUACGAAAUAUAUUUAUAGAAAUAAAAUAUGGACAGCAUAGAUAACCCAGCCAAAUAUCCGCCAGUAGCAUGGAUGAACGACUGCAAAGUUUACAACAAGAAUUACGAGCGUGUCCCACCCUCCUUCCUAACCAACAACGUCGACGUAUUAUGUCUAAACUUCUCGUUAAAACAAAAAGACCGAAUCGGGAACGGUAUCAUGCAAGACUUCUACGAAAUCUACGAAAACGCCAAAUACGUUAACAUCCCCAUUGAAGUACUCAAUGUUCCUUUGGAUGAGACGAAGGAUGCGAUGUGUAUAAGCUUCGACAGCCAAGCUAACUGGUUCUCCUUAAUGUUCAAUGAUCCUCUGAUAGUGACUCUUAAAUACAUGUACGAUAUUACUUCAGUUCCACAUAUAAUGGUGCUGAAACCUGAUGGCUCCGUCAUAUCGACUCAUGGGAUCUUGGAUCUAGAUGAAUACGGCAAAAAUGCUUUAAUAACUUGGUUGAGUACGGCGGCCGCGACGAAAUCUGAGAAACGUUUGAGCAAGGAGUCUGCAAUGUAUGGGCAUAGGUGGCGCUUCCUGACAAUUGGCGUUGGGAAAACUGAUAAGCCAGAUUAUAGGAGGAAAUUCAGUAUUAUGCCCACUGCUGAAACCACCUCCGUUUCUGUGGGCAUGACUAUUAAUACGGACCCUACGCCAGAAAAUGAGCAAUUACCUCAGUAAAAUGGGGUGAUUUAGACUGGAAGGAUAAUUCGAGACGGGCUUUGUAAAGAGAUUACGACCUUUUUCGUGGUUGCAUGUGUUUAUGUUUACUAGUAAACAGCUUGCUUAUUAGGGUUGCGUACCCAAUGGGUGAAAAUAGGACUCUUAUUUCUGAGGCUCCACUGUCUGUCCGUCACCAGGCUGUAUCUCGUGAACCCUGACAGCAAGGUAGUUAAAAUGUUCACGGAUGAUGUAUUUCGGUUGUCGCUAUUACAACAAGCAUUUAACGAAUGAAUAAAAAUCGUGGUUAAGUACAGUUGAAAGGGUCUUAAACUUAUAGGCCACGAAUGUAUAACACACCCAACCGCUUUCCUUAGCCUAUUUUUAGAAAACUCUCGAUUCCGAAUCCUACUUGCACAUAAACGGUAUUAUUGUUCGUUUAAUGUUAAUUAACAGCCGAGAGUCAUCUUAUUCAAAACCAUUACAAAGUUUGUCAUUAACAUUGUCAGUCUUAGUAACACCCCUUUAUGUGAAACUAAGUUUGAUAUUUCUAGAAACAAAUAUCUUUUCGAGUUUCCUUUCGUUAAUAUUGUAUUUCGCAAUUAGUUAUCUUAUGUUAUUGUUAUUUAUUAUUUGAAUUAACUUAAUAAACUA